AUGGCGAACCCGGCAAGCCAAGUUUCAGUAAUAGCAAACCUAGUGGCUGCACGAGGAGCAGUAGAGAUGGGUUGGAAGGAGUGUGCUCUAUGCUUGUUCUCGCUCGGGAUGGUUCAUUAUUUGGUUAUCUUUGUCACACUUUAUCAACGCUUACCAGGAGGAAACAACUUCCCAACCACGCUGAGGCCAGUUUUCUUCUUGUUCUUUGCUGCACCAGCCACUGGAAGUCUAGCUUGGAACUCUAUUUGUGGAACCUUUGAUACUGUAGCGAAGAUGUUGUUCUUCCUUUCGCUCUUCAUAUUCGUGUCUCUGGUCUGUAGGCCAACUCUUUUGAAAAAGUCAAUAAAAAGAUUCAAUGUCGCAUGGUGGGCUUACUCGUUCCCCAUCACCUUUCUUGCUUUAGACUCGGUUCAUUAUGCGCAAGAGGCUGGAAGCUGGGUCGCCCCAAUGGUUGUUGGAGGUUCAAAUCGGAUCAACCAAAGAUAUGACCGGUUAGUCGAUAUGGUCUGA